CAAAUGCAAUAUCCACAGCCAUCCACAUUUUCAUUGCCACAUCACCCACCCCACAUCUAAAGCCACUUCCAAGUCCACCACACACAACACUUUGCCUACUUACCUGCUACUUACUACUAUAGUGUCUGAUUCACAGGCCAGAGGGCAAAGAUUUUGAGCACAAUGGCCUCGACACAAUGCUUUUUGCACCACCACGCCCUCACCACUCCAGCUAGAGCUUCAACACAGCGCCUAGUUGUGAGCACCAAACCAAACCACAUUGUUUGCAAGGCAGCACAGAAGCAGGUUACUGUCCAAGAGGGUGAGGACACUACUACUGGCCUUGUCUCUCGCAGGUUGGCCCUCACUGUGCUCAUUGGUGCUGCUGCUGUUGGCUCUAAGGUGGCACCUGCUGAUGCAGCCUAUGGAGAAGCUGCCAAUGUGUUUGGAAAACCAAAGACAAACACAGACUUCCUUUCAUACAAUGGGAAUGGAUUCAAACUCUCAAUUCCCUCAAAGUGGAACCCAAGCAAAGAGGUUGAGUACCCAGGUCAGGUUCUUAGAUAUGAGGACAAUUUUGAUUCAACCAGCAAUGUUGCUGUCAUGGUCACUGCAACUGACAAGAAGUCCAUCACUGACUAUGGUUCACCUGAGGAAUUCCUAUCUCAGGUGGAUUACUUGCUUGGAAAACAAGCCUUCUUUGGCCAAACUGAUGCUGAGGGUGGUUUUGAUUCCAAUGCUGUGGCAACUGCAAAUAUCUUGGAGAGUUCAACGCCUGUCGUUGAUGGGAAACAGUACUACAGUUUGACUGUGUUGACAAGGACAGCUGAUGGAGAUGAAGGUGGCAAGCACCAGCUGAUUACAGCAACAGUGAAAGAUGGCAAACUAUACAUUUGCAAGGCUCAAGCUGGAGACAAGAGGUGGUUUAAGGGAGCGAGAAGAUUUGUGGAGAGCACAGCAAGUUCUUUCAGUGUUGCCUAAGAACUUAAUUAGUGGAGUGCUAUUCUGCAUGUAAAUCAUCUUGAAGGGGUGUGUAUGUCUUGAAUUAUGUGGCCCCUUUUUGUCCACAAGUUUCAUUAUUUGAGGCUGUUGGUUGGAGUAAGCACUUCGAUUCUUAAUUUUUCAUGUCUUCUAAGGACUUACCCUCCUCUCUUGUCCCCCUUUUUCUCUCUUUGAUUAAGCAUUUUAAGUUCCUAUAAGCCAUUAAGAAGCAUUAUGUUUAUAAAGGGCUCAAGGGUCCUUUUGCAAAGUGCUUGAAUAUUUUGUAAUAAAUUUUUUAUUUUUAAAAAUUUUAUUUUAUUAA